CAAUCAAAAUCCCCAUUUUAGUCACCAACCACACUUCCAUCAUCUUCCUCCCCCCUCCAAUUCUCUCUCUCCUUCAGCCAGACAAUCUCUCUGCUUUUCUGAAGCCACCUAAAGUGCUACACUGUUACUGCAAUGGCUGUCGUUCGCAAUGACCCAGUUGCCCUUUAUCCCCAGGGGCUACUUACCCUUCACGCCUUUCUAAAUCAAAGGUCAUUUUGGUGCAUUCACAGGUGGGAGCAUACAAUGUAGCUUCUCUCUGUGUAAACCCCCCUUCCUUUCCCUUCAUUGCGUGCAAAAAGGCAGACAGGAUGGAGCCAGGCAAAUACACAGACUAUAGGGUUCUCUUCUUCACAAAAAUCUCACACCUUUUUCCUAUUUUAUUUUUUGUUUUUGUUUUUGUUUUUUUUUCAAAGGUGGAGUAGGAGCAAACGGUUCAUCAUCGAUCCUCGAUACUGGGUAUUGGUUAUCAUACAUCCAAAUGCAGAGAAGAAGAUGGUGGUGUGCGAAGGGUUUUGUGAAAUUUAUUUUUUUUCACAUGUAUGUUUGUGAAAAGCUCUGACCUUUUUAUUUAUGUAUUUAGUGGUCAUGAUGGCGAUGAUGUACGGUUUUUACUCAUUUUUCCACAGAUUGACUUUGCUUAUAUAAAUAUAGAGAUAUAUGGUUU